AUGCUGAAUACCCUCUUAACGGAUGCAUACCGUCUGUUAGAAACAAGGAUACAGGACACAGGUACUGUAGUUGGAUUAACUCCCACUCGCUCUCUUCUGGCUUCCAGCGGUGACGCGGAGACCGCUGUAACUGGGCCUGUCGGGGAUAAGGAUGAAGAUCCCGUGGCCACAACCUUUUGA